AUGACAAGUAGUGAUAGAGAUGAAAGCAAUAAUCACAAUAAUGAUGUACCGGUAGCAGCUGGUCUAGAAAAGAAUAAGCAGUUUGAUAUACUGCCGAGCAAUUCGAUUGAUCAAGAACAAGGAAAUAUCAACAUCACAACAGAUUCUGGAACAACAUUCAAUGGCUCAAAAGAAGAAUUACUAGAUCAAAAAGGUGAUGAUACACAAAGCAAAAUACCAGUAGAAAACAACCUGAAUGAUGAUAACAUUAACGAACUAAUUUUCAAUGCGGAUAAUGAAUUAAGGGACCUGGAUUUAACGAGUAAGAAAGAUUCAGAUGUAAGCAAAUCAAUAGACUCGAUGAAGGAGUUGAAAAGAGAAUCUAGAUUAAAAAAAGAUGGAGGUGACAAAAAAGAGAAAGGAGAAGAAGCUGAUAGCAAUAGCGAAGUUAAUGAAGUGGAAAAAGACGAGGUUGACGAAGAUGAAGAGGACAAAGAUGAUAAUGAAGAUGACGAAGAUGACGAAUAUGAAGAAGAUGAAGAAGACGAGGAUGAUGAUGAAGAUGAUACAGAGCCUCCUAAACUAAAGUACUCGCGAAUGACACAACUCCCUCCCAAUUUCUUCACCAAAGACCCUGUCUCUGCUUCUACGUUUCUGGAUGAUUAUUUCAUUUUUGCUACGCACUCUGGAAUAAUCCACAUUUGCAAUGCAACAGAUUUUAGUCCCAUUCGAACAUUUAAAGCCCACCGUGCCUCUGUGUUGAGUGUAUACACCGAUGGUACAUAUUUUGCCCUGGCAUCGAUGGAUGGGACUGUUGUAAUUGGCUCAUUGGCCGAUGCCGAAGAUAUUAUUGCAUACAAUUUCAACCGUCCAGUUCAUUUUGUAGUUUUAUUAGAAAACUAUGCUUCAAAGCGGUCAUUCAUAUCUGGUGGAAUGAGUGGUGAAAUCAUAUUUUCGACUAAAGGAUGGUUGGGUAAGAAAGCUGAUUAUGUAUAUUCCAAGGGGUCAGGUGGUCCCAUUGUUGGGUUAUACAAAGUUGGCGAUGACUUGAUUGUGUGGAUGAAUGAUGAUGGGAUACAUCUAUUUCAAAUCAGUACUAGAAAAAUUAUCAAAAAAGUAGAGAAACCGGAAGAUGCACCGAGAGGUGAUUUGUAUUGGCCGAGAAUGAUAUUGGAAGAUCCUGAUCGUUUGGUUGUUGCAUGGGGAAAUUAUAUUUGGUCAUUAAAAAUCUCGGUUAAGCCAAAAGAUGAUCUCGAAACUGGAGAAGGCUCUGUUUUACCGGUUUCUUCAUCAGGAAUGAGUCGAAUAUUACCAUCUUCGGCAUCUUUAUCGUUCCGAUCAGUUCAUGAAAAGAAAAUUGAAGUGGAACAUAUUUUCAAGUUGGAAGACCUCGUUUGUGGUAUUGCAAGCUUUAAAGAUGAUUUAUGGAUGGUAUUGAUAUAUAAGCCGCCAACCAUUGUUGAAUCAAACAACGAGUCUACUCGUAAGAAAUUUCAUAACCCCGAAAUUCAACUUAUCAAUUCUAUGACUGGUGAAGUAGAGUUUGAACAAGAAUUGGGGUUGAAAGAUGUGACAAAUUUGGGCUUGAAUGAUUUUAGAUUGGGGUACCAUGUGGAAACUAUCCCAAAGUAUUUUAUUGUCAGUGCAAAGGAGGGUGUUAUUGCCGAGGAGUUUCAAUUAAAUGAUCGACUUGAGUGGUAUUUGGAAAAGGAAAAUUAUUUCAAGGCAUGGGAGUUGGGCCAGCAUUUGGUGACUCCGCAAAAGAGACUUAGUUUUGGAAUACAAUAUGUUGAUUCGCUUGUGAGGGAUGAUGAGUGGAUACGUGCUGCUGAGUUUUUAAUUGAGCUUUUACCACCAUUAAAUCAAACAAUAUCAGUGGGAGAUAACGAAAGUGGGGAAUUAACUGUUGAAGGUAACUUACAAGAACUUGAUCAGCAAGAGGACCAAGCUAAUUCAUCUUUGAAUGGAAAAGAGGAGUUGAAAGAGUGGGUCGAUAAUUGGGAAACAUGGUGUAGAAUAUUUAUCAGUAGCAACCACGUUGAAGAGUUGACCCAGGUUAUACCAGUAACUACAUUAAUUUCGAAGGAUAUAUAUGACGAUAUACUCAAGUAUUGGAUUGAGAAUAGCAGUGAUGGUUCGAAAUUGAAAAGUUUGAUUUCGGCUUGGAGUAUAGAUGUCUACAAUGUUGAAAAUAUCCAAAAAAUUUUGGAAGAAAAAGUUAUUGAGAAUAACACAUCGUCCAGGCUGCUGUUGCUGUUGUUGUUGUUCGAGCCUUGCUUAAUUGAAUUGUAUAACAAGACUAAUCAGCAAGCGAGUGCCGUGCCAUAUUUGGUCAAGUUGAAAGAUGAAAACAUUAUCAUGUAUUUGGACCAGAAUCAUCUACUUUUGAAUUUUAUUUCAGAGAUUCCCAAGUUUAUUGAGUUGCAAGUUGGUGGUGAGGAUAAUUUGCACAAGUUGCCGAUUCAGCAGCUUCAAGAUGAGCUUAUGCAAACGAUGGAUAUUUUGAUUGAGCAUAGAAUGGAAAUCUCACCGCAUCAACUUGUUCCGUUAUUUCGACAAGCUAACUUGGCGAUUCUCAAUUAUUUCUACUUGUUUCGAUUACAAUCAGUUGAUGUGACAAUGGUGCAAGAUUUUGGAAAUGAGCUUGUUGAGCUAUAUGCCAAUUUCAAUCGAUUGCAAUUGCUUCCCUUUUUAACGCAUAAUGAUAAUUAUGAUGUUGAUUUGGCAAUUGAAACGUGUCAACUGCGAGAGUAUUUUAGUGAGUUGGUUUAUCUUUUGGGUAAGAUUGGUGAGAAUAAGAGGGCUAUCAAUUUGGUGAUUCAUAAGCUUGAUGAUGCUAAAUUAGCGAUUGAGUUUGCCACUAGGUUGAAAGAUCAGGAUACGUGGGAUAUUGUGAUUGAUGAGUCAAUGACGAGGCCGCAUUUUAUUCGUCAGUUGAUUGAGCUGAGUGAUUUGGAUGAGUCCAUUAAUCAAUUUUAUGAUCCAAUGACUAUAUUGAAUAAAUUGGAUGUUGAUAAGAUGGGUGAUAUGAAGGAUGAGAGUGAGCAGUUAUUGAAGAGGUCGGUGAUGGAGUAUGAUAGUAGACAGCAAUUGAAUCAGUUGAUUAAUCAGAUUAUAUUGCGGAUGAUUCUGAAUAAGUCGCAACAAGUUGCACAAGUGUUGAAGGAUAUGCUAUUACGUGGUAUUGCAGUGAAUUUUGAGGAUGAAACGGAUUUAACAAAGAGACGAGAGUGGGAACAGAUUGUACAACGAUACGAAGCUAUUGUAUUGUAA